GGAUGCUUUGAAUGACCCCUUUAUCGCGUAUGGGAUCAAAUGAAUGCCUUUGGCUUUUUUCAUCACAAUAGCUGCGUUUCCUUCCCCCUGAUUUCAUGCGAAUUUUGAAGUAUCGAAUCAGUAAACGCUGAUGGAAAUACCAAAAUUCUCAUAAAAAUCCUUUAAUUCUCCAAAAAAAUUAUCCGCUCUCUUGAAGUGGUUUUUGAGAAAUGCGAAAGAGAGUAAAUGUGCAAAAUGGGAGAUGGAAACACACUUUUCGAAACAGCUGUGACGUAGCGAACAUUGAACACACAGGACUGACAACAUCCUUCCGAUUUCCGCAUAACGACUGGCCAUAGCAACCCUGCCGACAUCAACUUGUAGCGUCAAUAUAUAUGUAUUUUUAAGCGUGUGUAUACAUAGACACCCUAUAUCAUUCAUAUAUAUAUAUAUCAUAUAUAUAUAUAUAUAUAGGAUAUCUAUGUUUGCAUAUCCUUUAAUUAUACCGUGUCCAUUAAAUUGUCUGUUCAGCCUUCAAAACGAGCUGGUACAUUGUAGAAAUGCAUUAAACUGUAAACAGACAACGUGGUUAUAUGCUAAAGACCCUGGAGUAUCUGUGGUAAAAAGGCUGCAACGAAUUUCGAAUUAUAAAUAUGAACAAUGUAUCCUUUAAAUACGUCAAUGGAAGAGAUGGCCAAUGUGAAUAAUAGAUAGUACGUGUGGACCGCUGAAGAGGUAAAACUUUUCCUCGCUCUCAUCGAAGAAAAAACAUAACAGAUAUUUGAGAUGGAAAACAACGCAAUUCCACUCUAUAUCAGGACCUAAGAGAGGCUGUUAUCAAAAGGAUACGACAAGUCCUGGAAUGUGUGUCGUUUUCCGCUCCAACCACUUGAUGGAAAUGCACCUAAUUGAAAUUUCUUUUUUGCACAAUUUCUAAAGAUUCGCUUCACCUUUCAGAUGUAAACGUGACUUAUGAAAGAUGCUUUCCAACAUUUCUAUUUGUAUCAUUUUUCAGUUUUUUUUUCAAAUAAAUAAUGUGUCAUUAUCGUUAUGUUUAUAAUCCCAAAUUGGCAUCAAACUUAACUUGUGGAAUAGGGUAUUGCAAAGUUAUGGAGGAUUGUUUUAAAUUAUGGCACUGGGCAGAUCCAUUAGUUUUAAACUGCAACAGACACCCGCCUUCAAGUGAGUUAACGUUGGUCAGUUAGAUCCAGACUCUCUGUGCAAAUGAAAUGAAGUACGAGAGUCUGGUAGUAUUUUGUAGUUCUUACCUUGGAUUGUAUCACAAAAGAGUGAGUUUGAAAUCCAAAUGGGUUAUAACACUAUGGUUAACACGCCACAGUGGUAUAACUUGUUGUAAUUAACGAUUUUUAAGUUAUUUAUUUUAAAAAGGUAUAUUUAUUUUCACAUGAAAAUAAAUAUAUCAUUUAUUGUUAUUAUUUUUUAUCACUGGUCCGUUAUUUUUCAGACCACUACUACUACUAUAUAAUUUAAUAACAUGCUGGCCACAGCUCAAUAUUUAUAAUUACAGACACCGACUGAUUAAUUGACAUACAGGUUUGUACAACAAUGUUGUUUCAAGUAAUUACGGUAACAUACCGGAAGAGGCCAUUGUGGGUAUUUCGUUCGGGGGUUAACUGUCAUCACAGGGCUCAGUUUAAUCGGUUUCUACAACAGCUCGCAAGUGGUCGAGUAAAAUAUGGCAAUAAACAUGUCGCCGUGCGACUCAACUUUGGAAGAACAGCUUUCGUCCAUAAUGGACGUACUUGCAAAAGCGGCUGUAUCUGAAAUUUGCCAACUAUUCUCGGAAGGCUCGACAACCCUUCGCAUACAAAUAACUCAGAGCCUGAAAGAAAACGAAGCGCUUAGGACGAGGAUGAAGGUGAUGAGGAGUGAGCUGUUUUCUUUGCGGCUUCAAACAAGAUCAAAUGGAUCGCGUGCGGCAAGUCGUUUCGCCCUGGCUCGAGCCAACAUCUGCAAAUCACGGACUAAAUCACUGGGAAAUGACCUUAAGCCCCAGAUGGACCACAAGGAGGUUGCAAAUUCCCCUUCUCAUUCACCAUCAAUAAGUGAGGAUUCCUCUGUUACAACUCAAGCAGAGAACGCAGACAUCAUUUUAAUCAAGGAUGAAGAGGAUAUUGGUGGAGGCAUGCCCGCUUUAGAAGACUGCGAUGCCUUUGGAGACCGCAGCAGGCAGGGCGGCGCCACCUCGGAGAGUCUGCAUGUGGACGCCCCUGGCUCCUCCCACAUGUCCAGUCACGACAGUGACCUGCGAAUCCUGAGCGUCCACGGAAAAGGGGAGGGCCCACUCGCGGUGGACGCUAAUGACAACCUCUUUACGGCCUCCGAACUGGAGGCCCUGAGCUCGCUGUCCCCGGACCACAGUAUCACCCACGACAGCCUCCUCAGCUUCACCAGCGGCCCCAGUGAGAGGGCCCCUUCGCAGGGGACGCAGGACAGCAGGGGGGGUCCCGGUAGAGACGGCCAAGUAGAACGGCUCCAGCACUUCCUGGCCGCCUCCCGGUCCCUGAAGCACGCUGCGCUGGCGGCCGGAGACAAGGAAAGGCAACCGGGCCAGCUCAGCACACAGUUCCCGCUUCAGCCCAACUUGGUGUUCCCUCAGGGCGUGGCCAAGAGUCUAGAAGGCUGCGGGCGGUUUGUCCGCCGCGAUGAGCUGGUCAUGCACCGGGUCCACCACAAGGGGACAAUGCCCAUCCCCUGUGCCUUGUGCGGCAAGGUGUUGGCCAGCAAGGCCAAGCUGACCAUGCACAUGCGCAUCCACACGGGCGAGAAGCCGUACGGGUGCAUCGAGUGUGGGAAGCACUUCACGCAGGGAGGCAACCUGAAGAUCCACCUGAGGACUCACUCCGGGGAGAAGCCCUGCAAAUGUCAGCAGUGCAACGCUAGCUUCAGCGACCCCAGCAGUCUGCGUCGCCACAUGGUCAAGCACACGGGCUAAGGGGUGCUUUAACACGUAGCAACCGGACAAUCGCAUUGACAGCUUUCUUGUGUAUGUGAUCAAUGAUUGCUUUAGUUUUGUAUUUCAGAUACUUUCCAAGUUUUGGACUUUUAUUAUUUUAUAUAUUAUUUUUAUUAUUAUGCUAUUUGAAUUAUAUUAUUUAAUUUUGUUUGUUUUUAUAGAUUGAGAUACUAGUUUCUGUCCAAUAUUUGUAAUGGUUUAUUCCCCCUGAAUACUAUAUUAUUAUUUAUAAAUAUAUAUUAUUUUGAUAUUGCAGUCUCAUUUAUCGCAAGGCCUGACAUAAAUUCACCUUCCCUGUAUGCAGUCAUGAUUGAGUAAUAAUUUUCAUAGUUGGUUGAUCCACUAAUGGUCAGUGGUGGGGAUGCACGAUAUAUCGGACCUACAUCGGUAUCGCCGAUAUUCGCUCUGUUGACUGAUAACGGACUUUCUGCGAGUCGGUCAGCAGUUGCGGAGCUAGGGGGUGGCCGGGACCACCCUAGACCGAAACCCGGCCACCCUAUUGGCCACCCUUGUUGUGUUUGCAUUUUUUGUGUUGCAUUUUUGCAGACUUGAUACAUUUAUGUCUAACUCUUAUGUCCAUAUUCGGUGAACAGAUGCCCUCUGAUAUUGUGGAACUCACAAAGAUCAUUGAACCAUUCAAAGAGGUAUUCCACGAGCUGUUCAGGUUUAUCAAAGGGACUAUUGCCAUACCUGUGAGUAUAGCUACCUGUGAACGAAAAAACAAACAAAAGCCCUAGAAUAUGGUGAUUUUGUGAAUCGCUUUGCUACAAACCACAAUAAUCGCAGAAUACGGCUGUUGUAAGAUUAAUGCCAAGUUAAUGUAUUUUGUAUAUGUUAGAGGCAGGGAUUCAAGAGUUAACAAAAUAAUGUUUUUGAAAUUGUGUAAUUUUUUAUUUUCUGAUAAAUGCACUCCAUUUUAACUUUUUACUUUUACAGGGUUAGAUCAGAAUGUUAAGUUAGUGUUUUUUUUUAAACAGACCUGAAAACCUGAGACCAACCUGCACUUGGUGUCUUAGAAUCUGAGUUAAAUCUAUGCACACUAGGCCACACUAGAUGCCAUAUCAUAUCACUGCUCUGUAAGGUGACCUUGGGUGUCUUGAAAGGCGCCUCUAAAUUAAAUGUAUUAUUAUUAUUAUCCUAUUUAGAUUUAUGUGCCACACGGAAAUUACCUCUGGUCUCACCCUGGCCACCCCACUGAAAUUGUUCUAGCUCCGCCACUAUCGUUCUGGUCAGCAACCUUUUCAACAUGCAGUGCCAGUUUGACAUUUUCUCGUUAAUGAGUAUGCCUUAAGCAACAAUAUAUUAAAACAUUUCCAGAAGCCCUGGAAUUGUAUUAUUUCCAUAUAGUCCACAAUCAUGCAUCAACAUUUUAAAUGAUUUUUUUGUUAUAUUUGCAACAUGGGCUUACAAAUUGUAAUUACAUAUGUCCAAUCUUAAAACACCACUUUCAGAAACUCAUUCAAAAACAUAUUUGCACUGUGAGAAACGUAAAAAAACAAGAAUAUGAGAAUCUUGGAACCAUCCGCAUCAAUAUCUUUAAGACAUGUACAGCUUUGCAAAACCAUGUGAAGGCGAUGCAUACAGGCCACUUGCAACAAUAUUUUAAAUAGUUUCUUGUCUGUCUAUUACUCAUUACAUAGGUCUACAAACUAUUAAUUGGUCCCAUUUCAGAACCCUGCUUUUAGUUACUCAUUUAAACAUAUUUGCACUGGGAAAUGCCCAAAACAGAAUAAUAUAUAUUUUUUAAGUGUGCCAAUGAUUAUGCUGCCACGUGCCAGUGGUGGCACGCGUGCCUACGGUUGCCGACCCCUUCAGAUAGAUAACUGUUGGCUUGUGAUGCUAAAAACUGCCCAACCAAAGCUGCCCGGACACGGACAGAGAUCCACUGACCAUGCCGUCGGUGUCCCUGGUCGUGACGUCGAUGUGUCUCGGAAAAGGCAGUUGGUCCAGAAAAGAGCGCGACCAAACAACGCGCGACCUGGGUUCCCAGCUGACUGGAACGUUCACGAGGUCGUUUGUGGAGACUGGCAUUGGCAAACACAUCGAAUUUUACACCUGUUUCUGUAACCAAUAAAUAUAAUUUACUCAGGGAAGACAGCAGUGGACUAUCUAUCCAGAUUUAAGUAACAAUUGCUGGACUGCAACGCAUACUGGAAAACCAUAAAACAGAAUACUGUAAUAUAGCGUAUAUAUAUAAUUCAUAUUGUAAUCACAUAGCAAUGCAAUUAUAUUUAGAAUAACCCUUAG